AUGCGGCUUGAAGGGCAUGAAAUUCAUAUCCCAAAGACCGGAUUAGGUUAUACUCCCGAACAACCAGCUCAGAUAUGGAUCAAGAAAAAAAGCGAUCCUUCGAGUUCCCAAUACAUAACGGUGGAGGUCGGCGAAAGUUCAAAUCAAAGAGAAGACCAUUCUUCACCCCAUGUCUCAGUGUUUGAUUGCAUCGAGGCCUCAUCAUCACAAAUCACAGUGUUCGACAGGUUAAAUACAACUUGUUUAACACCAAAUCGGGACACUCUUGCUUGUAAAUCAGUCUUUGAUCGACUGGGGGCAACGAAAAGGCCUAUUGAUAGUCAUUCUCAAAGUUCAAUAAACUUUGACGUUCAAGGGGAGAAGAAAGCCAAUGAUGAGAUUCGCAGUAGCAUUCCUUCACGCAUGAAACGUAACUUUACCUUGGAGAUCAACACUAAAGGAUCGCUCAAAGUCAAAAGACGAAUGAUUGUACAUACAAGUCAGUCACACGUCCAUGAUGAGGAAAUUGAAGAGGUAUCAUCCUCGUUUCAUAUUACAAUAGAAGAGGGUACACUGUCAGAUGCUGAAACGACCAAUGAAGAGGUCGAUGAAGCUCCUCCAGCCUUGGAAGAUGGAGGACAAGCUACAGUUGAUGAACUUAAAGAGAUCAAUUUAGGAACUGUUGAAGAACCCCGGCCAACUUUCAUUAGUGCACUUCUCACCCCUGAAGAAGAAGAAGGAUACCUCAAGCUCCUAGUAGAGUACAAAGAUGUGUUCGCUUGGACUUACAAGGAAAUGCCUGGGCUCAAUCCGAGUAUUGCUCUACACCAUUUGGCAGUAAAGAGGGGCGUGCGCCCAGUCAAACAAGCUCAAAGACGCUUUCGGCCAGAGCUUAUCCCUCAAAUAGAAACCGAGGUCAAUAAGCUCAUUGAAGCAGGCUUCAUUCGUGAAGUGCAAUACCCGGAAUGGAUCACUAACAUCGUCCCUGUCAAAAAGAAGAAUGGACAAAUCCGAGUGUGCGUUGACUUUCAUGAUUUGAACAAUGCAUGUCCCAAGGAUGAUUUUCCAUUACCCAUUACUGAGGUCAUGGUUGAUGCCACUACUGGUCAUGAAGCUUUAUCUUUCAUGGAUGGAUCUUCAGGUUACAACCAAAUUCGAAUGAAUCCUAAGGAUGAGCAGCUUACAGCUUUCCAUACUCCUAAGGGAAUCUACUGUUACAAAGUAAUGCCUUUUGGACUAAAGAAUGCUGGUGCUACUUAUCAGCGGGCCAUGCAGAAGAUCUUUGAUAAUGUACUUCAUAAAUACGUGGAGUGUUAUGUCGAUGAUCUGGUGGUUAAAACAAAAAGGAGGGAAGACCAUCUGGCAGAUCUACGAUCCGUGUUCAGCCGCCUGAGAAAGUAUCAGCUUAAGAUGAACCCCCACAAAUGCGCUUUUAGCGUAACAUCUGGAAAAUUUCUUGGUUUCAUUGUGAGGCACCGCGGUAUUGAAAUUGACCAGUCCAAAAUUGAAGCAAUCCAGAAAAUGCCAGAGCCCAAGAAUCUGCGAGAACUUAGAGGCUUGCAAGGAAAACUGGCCUACAUACGACGAUUUAUCUCGAAUUUGGCUGGUCGAUGUCAACCUUUCAAUAGAUUGAUGAAAAAGGAUGUGCACUUUGAAUGGGAUGAGGCUUGCAGCAAUGCUUUUGCACGCAUCAAAAGAUACUUACUUAAUCCUCCAGUUUUAGGUGCUCCCAUCCCAGGAAAGCCUUUGGUGUUGUAUAUUGCGGCCCAAGAAAGGUCUCUAGGUGCUCUUAUGGCGCAAGAAAAUAAAGAGGGGAAAGAAAGAGCCCUUUAUUAUCUAAGUCGAACUCUCAAUGGGGCUGAAUUAAAUUAUUCUCCUAUUGAAAAGAUGUGCCUCGCUCUUUUCUUUGCCAUAGACAAACUGGAGCACUACAUGCAAGCAUAUACAGUCCGUUUGAUAGCAAAGGCGGAUCCGAUCAAAUAUGUCCUCUCCAGGCCAGUGGUUUCGGGUCGUAUAGCUCGAUGGGCAGUCUUGCUACAACAAUAUGACCUUGCAUACAUUCCACAAAAAGCUGUCAAAGGACAAGCAUUGGCAGAUUUCUUAGCUGAUCACCCAGUUCCAUCUGAUUGGGAGUUCUCUGAUGAUUUCCCGGAUGAAGAUGUGUUUUACAUUGAAGAAAUGCCACCAUGGAUUAUGCUUUUCGAUGGGGCUGCACGUCGAGAAGGAGCGGGGGCAAGUGUAGUGUUUGUUUCUCCACAAAGACAAAUACUUCUGUACUCGUUCUCAUUAAGCGAACUUUGCUCUAACAAUGUAGCUGAAUAUCAAGCAUUGAUUAUUGGUCUACAAAUGGCCAUUGAGAUGGGCAUAGCGCAGCUUGAGAUCUUUAGGGACUCCAAAUUAAUUAUUAACCAAAUCUUGGAGCAAUAUGACGUCAAGAAAGAAGACCUCAUUCCCUAUUGCAAAUAUGCGAAGAAGUUGCUAGCAAAUUUCGAGGCCAUCACAUUGGAGCAUAUACCAAGGAAGGAGAAUAGACAGGCCGAUGCUUUAGCUAAUUUGGCUAUUGCCUUAGCAUUAUCCCAAAAAGAGACAACUAAAGUCGCUAUUUCCCAAAGGUGGGUGGUACCUCUUCUGGUUGAAAAAGAAGAAGAAGAGCAAGCCAACAUCAUUUCUGUAUGCCUUGUCGAAAAAGAAGAUUGGCGACAAGUGAUCAUUGAAUACCUUCAACAUGGAAGACUCCCUGAUGAUAAACGCCACAAGACCGAAAUUCGGCAGAGGGCUGCUCGAUUCAUUUACUAUAAAGACACUCUCUUCCGCCGUUCAUUUGAUGGAUUGUUUCUCCGUUGCUUAGGAGAGGAGGAGGCUAAACAAGCCUUAGAGGAGGCUCAUUCUGGAAUAUGUGGCGCACAUCAGUCAGGUCCUAAGUUACAUUAUAGGAUCAAACGAAUGGGUUACUAUUGGCCCACAAUGGUGCAAGAUUCUAUGGAAUGCGCUAAGAAGUGCGAAGCUUGUCAAUAUCACGCGAACUUCAUCCAUCAGCCGCCAGAACCUCUACACCUAACUGUAGCUUCUUGGCCUUUUGAUGCAUGGGGUCUUGAUGCAAUAGGGCCAUUACCAAAGUCAUCCGGUGGCCACUUGUACAUCUUGGCCACAACUGACUACUUCUCAAAAUGGGCGGAAGCUGUACCCCUUAGGGAAGUGAAGAAAGAAACGGUGGUCAAUUUCAUUUGA